UAUUUCAACAAGCUCUUAAGGAAUCAAGUGGUGAUUUUCUCAACAAUCAAUUUUAUUCGUUUGAUGCUUCAACUGAUUUUAAUUUGAAUCAAGAAGAUGAUGUCAACUUUCCAAUCUCGAAUCUUGGUGAUUAUGGCUUUUCUGGCAAUAACAUCCUACACAAAUCCGGAACUCAUAGAAGCUAUGACAUUUCCAACACAUCCGUUGCUUCUAAUAGCAAUUAUUGUGAUGGCAAAGGUUUGCAAUAUGAUUAUAAUAGCAUACCUGGUAAUUAUAAUUAUGCUCCUACGAACUACAGUGGGAUUACUGGGAAUUUUACCAAUCCUGGGUCAUAUACUAACAUUCCUGAGAAUUGUACCAUUAGUGGAUUAUAUAAGUCACAUAAUCCUGCAAAUUAUAACACUUUUGGGAAUUUGGAAAUCCCUGGUAUCCUGAACUACACAUCUGACAGCAGGAAUAAAGAAAAUUACAACACACCAUCGAGUACAAGCUCCAUCCAGACGCCGAAAAAAUGCAUCAUACUCAAACCAGUCCCCCAGAACUCGAAUUCAAAAUCAAAUUUGAAGUACACUAUAAUCAGAUCGUUUACCCCAUCAAGAAGACUCCACUCAAGUGCACCAAUCAGAAGUGUCAAUAGUGAAACAGAAACUAUCGCUCAAAAAAUACCAAUCAGUUUGCCGAAAAUAAUCCUGGAUGUCGCUAAACCAAAGGUUGAUAACUUUGAUCAAAAUGUUGUGAGUGAUCGUUCAACAAUUUAUCGGGUUAGAGAGCUUCCCCAACAUGUGCAGAAUGUCAUUGGUGGACUGACUAAGACUGUGAAAACUCCUCCUGUCAGUAGGCCCUUGGUAGUAGAUGCUUCACAAUUCCAGAAUAGGAUUAGCACAAACUUUACACAAACCGCAAAUUAUCAGAUGGGUUUCAAUAAUACACAAGCAGCACAUGCUACCUCAGCUACCUCAUCCUGGAACGUCGAUAAUAAUUGGAGAAAUAAUUAUUUCGGACCAACUCACAUGAGUGGUUACUUGAAUAACAUGGAAUUCAUGAGUAAUAAUGGAUAUGCAGCGAGUUCACAAAUGUCUCAAAACGUGCCAAUUUUCCCAACAACUUCUCCCCCGAAUAGUAUUAGUUUUACUAGCGACUUGCCGAAUAGAACCACUCAAAACAUUGUGGAAAUGACAAAAUCUACAAAUUUAACCAGUGACGAUUUGAAAAUCGAUGAUUUUUUGAAUGAGUUGACAUCAAAUAAUACUGGAAAUUCUGAGGAAUUCCCAAAAACGACCAAUUUCACAACAAAUGUUGAUUGGAAUACUGUUGGGACACCCUCUUACUCUGGUACUGUGGACCCAGCUGUGAAAUUUCCUACACCAACACAAGCAGUGAAUACUCCUCGAAUUUCGACUCCAAAAAAAUUGGAUAAAGUAGUACCUACCAUUAUAACAGGCACCAGAAUUAUUCCCAAUGUUCCAAGCCCCAGCAAAAAUAGGUUGAAUAAUGUUUUUGGAAAUGAUAGUAUGGGGCAAAGUAAAAUAAAUGGCUCCAACUUUAGAACAAAACAUUAUGAUAGUGGGAAAAGUUCUACAGGAACACCAUUUGCAGCGUACAAUAAUAAUACGGGAUCAAUGAGUAAACCAAAUAUACUCAACAAUAGUAUGUCCAUAUCAAGAUCGAAGUUUACAUCUAUUGGAAGAACUAUUGAUACCGAUUGUAAGAGCAACGUUUCUAUUCCUCCAUUAGCAAAAAAUGCUACAUCAAGAAUUGAGAACAAGCCGAAUUUUGUUAAUGAUCAACACAAUUCUGCAAAUCUGAAAACUGAUCUAGGGAAUCGUAUGAAUAAUUCAAUUCCAUUUGAUAACACUAAUUUGUUUAAUAAGUCUAUCACUAUUAUUCCCGAUAAUUCCACAAUGAGCUCUACUAAUAUUUUUGGUAACAUUGAUGCUAAACCCAAUUUCAAAUCUUCUGGGACCAGUGUGGGACCAAGUAGUAUUACAGAUGAUGAUUUCAAUUUUUUCACAGGAAAUACAAACAUUAAUAAUAGUUGCAAUCCACACAUGGAGAAUCCUAGUCAUUCGUCUCCAUAUCCAAAUGCUUUUGGUAGUUUGGAGGGGAAAAAUAUUCUCCCUGCGAAUACAUCAUCUUAUAAGAAAGGAGGAAUCUUCGAUGAAUUAUCAACUAUAACUGACGACACAUAUUUCCACACUGUGGAAAAUACUGAAAAAUAUAACAUUGUUAGGACCUCCUCAUUAUUAGAUGAGUGUGAAAAGAUCUUGCCGAUAAAUAGUGAAGAAGAAGAAUUGCUAAAUACUCCCGACUGUGCCUUCGAUAAUUCUUUCAAUGUUGAUAUGCUGACGAAUGUAUCAAAUACAGUAUCUGAUGUAUUUGGAGUUCAUAAGAAUACAAAUAAUUACAUGAAUAAAAAUACCAUGAACAUUUCUCAAGCCAUUCCAAACGAAACAAAUGCAAGUCAAGAUAACAGUUUGGACUUCAGUGUGACUCUGGAUCUCCCAAUCAUUUUGGAGAGUGAGUUUAGGGUGAAAGAAGAGAAUAAAGCAGAUGGAAAAGAGGUGAAAAAAUUGAAUGAGGAUAACUGCAAGGUAGGAACAGUAAAGGAUGUGGAAGAUUUGUCUCUACUCCCCACCUACCAAGAAGUUUCCAAGGAUUUUUCGUUUGGUUCAAUGAAAGAGGAACAAUGCGCUGGAAAAAUCGAUGAAUUUGAUAUUGAUAGUUUGAUUGAGGAGAAAAAUAAGGAGUUUGAGAUAGGAGGAGAGAAGAAGGAUGAAGAGGGGAAAAGGAAAGGAGAGGAGGAGAGGACUGACAGUAAUGAUGAAUCUUGUACCAGUAUUACUAUCAAAGAAGAGGAGAAAAAUGAUGAUGAAGGAGAGAGUUUGAAAAUAGAGGAAAAGUCAUCAGAUUCUAUUGAUGAUGUGGGCGGAGAUAAAUCAUCAGCAUCUUGUGAUCUUAGUGAUGAUUUUAAGCAGCAUUUCAAAUCACACUGCAAGAAAAACGAUUACGUUUGUGAGGUUUGUAACAAGAGUUUCAAGCAUGAAACAACUUUGAAAACUCAUUUCACACGAUCUCACACUGAUGAAACCAGAAAAUACAAGUGUAACGUUUGUGAGCAGUCGUUUGGGGUUUGGAGGAUGUUGAGAGACCACAGGGAAACUGUACAUCCCACACUGGACAAACACUGUUGCUACAUUUGUGAAAAGCUUUUUCCCAAUAAAACGGCUCUGAAGGCUCACGUACAACGACACACCGAUCCCAGGCGGUACAAGUGUCAGUACUGUGACAAAGUUUACAAGGAUAGAGCCGGGUUGAAUGUGCAUCUUGUAGUUCAUACACAGGUUUCAAAAUUCUCCUGCAGUCUAUGCGAUCGGAAAUUCGGCAAGAAAAAUCUGCUCACCGAUCACAUGAAAAUAUUCCACCUCAAACAGAAGGACCACACCUGUCAUGAGUGUAAUAGAUCGUUCAGCACCAAAAACACACUCAAGCGACACUCUUGGAUUCACACCGGUGAGAAAAAUUAUAUUUGUGAGAUUUGCGGGCGACCGUUCAGGCAGAAAGUGGCGUUGACUGUGCAUAUGAAAGUGCACAACAAACCACAGAGGGCACAGCAUCAUGCAUUUCAGUGCAACACUGGAGUGGGGAUGAAUUUGUGUGGUGAUGGUGGGGGAAAUCUUCCAGGGUACAAACACAUAUAUGAAGACAAUACUAAUAAUAUUGAUUCAAAGAUCAAUGAUUUUGUGAUAUUGUGAGAUUCCUCAAUGUGUUCAAAUCAGAUUCAAUUUGAUAUCAAUCAUUUUUCCACAUAAGAGCAAUAAGACACAUAAAAACAGACCAUUUUUCCAACAGACAAUACCGAUAAUAUUGAUUCAAAGCUCAAUGAUUUUGUGAUAUUGUGAGAUGAGUUUCCCUACUGUGUUCAAAUCAGAUUCAAUUUAAUAAUAAUCAUUUUCCCACAUGAGAGCAAUAAGACACAUAAAAAGAGACCAUUUUUUCCACAGACAAUACUGAUAAUAUUGAUUCAAAGCUUAACGAUUUUGUGAUGUAGCUUUCUUACUACUGUGUUGAAAUCAGAUUCAAUUUAAUAUAUUUAUAUAUUUCUUAACAUAAAAGCAAUAAUACACAAAAAACAGACCAUUUCUUCCACAUGGUGCUGUUAUGUAGGUAUAGACCUACCUUAUUUAAUGCUUAUGUAGCCUACGAAUAUUUCAGUUCUAUUAAAAUCACGCCAGUUCAGUUGAAAAAUAUGAGAAGAUUUUAUGAAGUUUCACUAUAGUGUGAAAGAGCAUCAGUAAAUUAUUCAAGUAUGAUAUGAUCGACAUUAAUAAAUCAAGCUACCUUAUUCAUACAUAUAUUAUUAUAUUAUAAUCUAUUAAUUUUGUUUGUAAGUUUGAAACAUGAAGUGAAACCAUUCCAUUUUAUUUAUGAUGUGCCAGAGUUAAAAAAAUUGAGAAUAUUUUAUUACUUUUGAAUGUGAAUUAAUUUUUUAAUGUUUUAGAGUGAAAAAUAUAUUUUUGUGAACAAAA